GUGGUGGUGUGGUGGGCGUACACACGGCACACAGCAUGUAGCUAGCUACUUUUAAAUGAUAAAUGACGACGGUGACUCGUACGAACGCUUAGCUCUAUUUUCUCCUCUUGUCUCAACGCGUUGUCGCUCACGUGAACCGAGCGAGUUCGACUCGACCCAGGACGCGAUCUCGGACCGAAGCAAAUGCAGCAUUCUGACGGAGCGAGUUGAUAUUGAAGUUAAAAAACGCUAGCUAAGGCGCACAAUACAAGGAUGGGGCGCGCGAGCUAACGUCAACGAGGAAAACCUCUGGGAGUGUCAACAAUUUUGAAGGAUGCGCGGCGUGUGGGGAUGACAGGAAGAUGGCAAACGGCGUUGGAAAACACAAGCUGCUUGUGAUUGGCCCAACAGAAGCAUGGUCAGUGAGGGAGAAGCUGUGUUUGGCCACAUCGGUCAUGAAGAGUGGGGACCAAAACUGGGUCUCUGUCAGUCGAGCCAUCAAACCAUUUGCAGAACCCGGGCGCCCACCUGACUGGUUCUCUCAAAAGCACUGUGCCUCAAAGUAUUCUGAGCUUCUGGAAAACACUGAAGCACCAAAGAGGAAGCGAGGCGAGAAGGGGGAGGUGGUGGAGACGGUUGGGGACGUGAUAGUGCGCAGGCUGACGACUCAGAGGAUUGAUGAAUUAAAAAAAAUGAUCAAACAAACUCAAGAGGAGCACAGGACACUGAAGAAAGAGUCAGAACUCAUUCAAGCUGGUCAUCUAGAUUCCAAACUGGAAGAAUUAUGGAAGGAAAUUCAGCGGAAACAGAAAGUAGAAGAGGAAGAAGCAGAGUUGAAAAGAAAGUGCACAGACGCAGCCUACCAGGCCAGACAGGUAGCCAAGAACACACCUCGACGCUUGGCAGGUGCCAUCAUGCAUUCACCCACGAGUUGUAACUCAAGCCUGGAGUUUUCAUCAGGUGACCCUCUCCCAUGCUUGAAUCCUGAUUUUUCACCUACAAAAGACGUACAGGCUUCAGGAUCUGUCAGGUUGCUGUCAUUUCCCGACUCUUCUGGCUCCGGUAACGAGCACUCGUCACUUUGCGAUGACUCCACCCAGAAGAAGCUACUGGCCCAGAGAGGUACACCGCCCCCAUCACCACUCCUCUCUGAGCUACUGAAGAAAGGCAACAUCUUGGCUACAACGUCCAGAUUGACUGGAGAGCGUGACGUUACUGGCAAUAUGACCGCCGCACAUGACUUGCAGUUGACUCUGCCUUUCUCUCCAGCAUCAGGUGCGCCAAUGUUGUCUCGACUCUUGGAGGCAGGGCCCACCCAGUUCUCAGCCCAGUUGGGCUUUAUGGUCAGCAGAGACGCUACCUCAGACAGCACUCCCUCUCCAGUCAAAUCUGCUGCUUCGGCAUGUUCAGAAGUAGAUGUGAUUGCGCCAUCUGCGUCCUUUGGGUGCCAGCCUCCCGCCGCAAGUAUGAAGGUGUCUGAGCUGAGUGAAGAGGAUGUGACAGUUUCUUACAUGGCAGAUGAACUGGAUCUGAAGACGGUGGGGGAUAUCAUUGCUAUCAUCGAGGACAAGGCUGCAGAUGCUUUGGAUGCAGCAGCAGUCGAAGCUGCUCUCUUCCUGUGCGAAGAAAACGGUCACGCUCUUCCCGCUGCCUGGCAGGCUGAGCCGUUCCACACCCAAGACACACAAGCGGGGGUUCCUGAGUCAUCAUCUCUCCACUGCAGCCCGGCAAGGAAUCGAGCAGAGGAGUCAAAUGUUCAGGACGAAACUUCUGCUGUGCUCUCCGCCGCGUGCAUUAGUCAAGAUAACUGUGAUGUGGCAAGUCAGGUGGGAUUGAGUGGCCUUCCUCCAACCUCCUCAUCCUCAUGCAAUUCAAGGGGCUUUGUACACUGCCAGACUGGAGCACCUGCCAAGCCCGCGGCUAGGAGAGACACCGGAGACAAAGUACACCAUCAAAGUCACAUCGAGGAAAGAUGGGAACAGGAAAUACCCCAAAACCCCAGGGAAGAGUCAGUGUUAGAAGAUUUCCCAAAGACAGAAAGACAUGUGAAGGAGGAGAUAAAGGAGGAGAGUGAAAAAAGCAUCAAAAGUCAAGAAAAUGCCUCAGGGAUACACAUGGACAGUGAGGUCAACGGGACAGAAGAUGAUGAUGAGGAGGAGGAUGAAGAAGAUGGCGCUGAGGAAUUCUCAUCAGAGCCUGACGGGGAGAUGGAGCGUGUAGCUAGCGAGAGCGAGGACGCGUGCAGCCUCCACACUGCUACGUCGUCGCUGCAGCUCCACACCACGGCUGACUCCAUCCCCAGCAGCCCUGCGUCGUCACAGUUUUCUUUGUGUAGCGAGGACUUGGAGGCUCUGCAGGCUCACAAGAUCUGGAAGAAGGCCAUCAUGUUGGUUUGGCGUGCAGCUGCCAAUCACAGGUAUGCAAAUGUCUUCUUGCAGCCUGUGACAGAUGAAAUUGCACCAGGUUAUCAUAGCAUAGUGCACAGGCCCAUGGAUCUGGCGACCAUUAAGAAAAACAUUGAAAGCGGUUCCAUGCGAACCACAGCCGAGUUCCAACGUGACAUCAUGCUGAUGUUUCAGAAUGCCGUCAUGUACAACAGCCUGGAUCAUGACGUGUACCACAUGGCUGUGGAGAUGCAGCGUGAUGUCCUGGAGCAGAUCCAGCAGUUUCUAGCGACCCAACUUAUCAUGGAGACAUCAGAGUCCGGGAUUAGCGCCAAGGGGCUUAGAGUGCGUGAGAGUCUACGGCGGCAAGACUCCACAGACAAGGACACCUUCUCCAUGUCAUCUCCUGCUUUUCUACUGUCCCUUUUUGAUGGAGGCACCAGAGGGCGCCGCUGUGCCAUCGAAGCUGAUCUCAAAAUGAAGAAGUGAACACUGUAAUCAAGUGGAAAGUGUUAAUACUUCCAACAUUUUACUUAUGACCCCCCCUUACCAAUCUACGUCAUGUGUGCAGUGUAAUCCUAAAUUUGCUCUCCCCGUUCUAACGAACAGCAGACAGUGAUGUGGGGAAGCGCCUAUUUUGCAGAAAUGGAUUACACGUAAUCCUAGAUUACAAAAGGGGAUUCCGAAAAAGACUGGGUCAAAGCUUGUGAUGGCUGCACAUAACUCAAAGCCUGCUCACAAGCAAGAACAUCAGGUUGCAUAGAUGUCUCCAAGCCUCAAAAAUCAACUAAUUUUACUGUGUCUUGUCCACGUUAUGAUUGUGGACUGAAAUAAUAAAUGCACUACAGCAUAUGAAAGGGUGUGUGUUUUACCAGAGGCCAAAGACUCUGAUUUGCUUGACUUUUUGGUGGUGUUACCUUACUAAAUUAAAAAAGACACCUUUUAUUUUGUCAUUUAACAACCUUUAAAUAUUUAAAAUGUAUAUUUUGUGGUUGUUUUGAGCAUACCUAACUAUAUUUUCAGUGAAACAGUAUUGUGGUAAUCUCAUUGUUUUGUGAAUGUGACAUUGAUGGAAACUAUACUUUUAAAAGAAUAAACUCAAGUUUUGCUUGUAUAUUUGUCAUGAAUUCAUAAUAC